AUGGAGAAUGACAAAAAAUCCCGCCAAUCACAAAUUACUGAAGCUGAAAUAACCACCGAUAGCUUUCAGAUAAAUUUGGAUUUACCUAAGCAAUUGCAUGAAUAUUCGCAACUUCAGGAAAGAUUGAAACAGCUUGCUCGAGAAGCUAAAAUAUCGAAACAAGAGGUGAAAGAAUUUAAACAGAAAAUGACAUUUAUGCACACUAAAAUACUGGCAGAACAACCUAUCAAUGACAGUGCAAAUCACAUUGAGGUGAAGAAACAUAUUUUUACAGGUAACUGUAUUUUUUAG